GUUCGAUUCGAAGCCGGUUCAAAAAUUUAAACCCCUACUGAUAAAACCUCCCAUAAACCCUAAAAUCACCAACAGUGAAGAAAUCAAAACAAAAUAUAAGCAAAUUUCUUGCGACAGCCAACAUUGCUAAUAUUUAUCCUAUAUUUAUUAAACCCUAAAAGAGUUUCAAUCAUUUCCUUGGUUUAAUUGAAAAAUGAGGAAGAAGGUAGACGAGCGUAUCAGAACCCUAAUUGAAAAUGGUGUCAAAUUAAGACACCGUUCUAUGUUUGUUAUCAUCGGUGACAAGUCCCGAGACCAGAUUGUGAAUCUUCACUACAUGUUGAGUAAAUCAGUUGUGAAAUCAAGGCCAACUGUUUUAUGGUGCUACAAGGAUAAGCUUGAACUUAGCAGUCAUAAGAAAAAGAGAGCAAAACAGGUCAAAAAGCUAAUGCAAAGAGGUUUAUUGGAUCCCGAAAAAGUUGACCCGUUUUCGCUUUUUGUUGAAACUGGAGGGUUAACUUAUUGUCUAUACAAGGAUUCCGAAAGAAUACUCGGGAAUACGUUUGGAAUGUGUAUAUUGCAGGAUUUUGAGGCUUUAACUCCAAAUCUCUUGGCCAGAACUAUAGAGACGGUAGAAGGUGGUGGAUUGAUCGUGUUGCUACUGCGUUCUCUUUCUUCGUUGACCAGUCUAUACACCAUGGUCAUGGAUGUACAUGAGAGAUUUCGUACUGAAUCACAUUCUCAGCCUUCUGGGCGCUUUAAUGAGCGUUUUUUAUUAUCACUUGCUUCAUGCAAAUCAUGUGUUGUUAUGGACGAUGAACUGAAUAUUUUGCCUAUUUCGUCUCAUAUAAGAUCAAUUCUACCAAUUCCGAGUAAAGAGGAUUCAGAGGGUCUAUCUGAAGCACAACGUGACCUGAAGAAUUUGAAAGAACAACUACAUGAUGAUUUUCCUGUAGGUCCUUUAAUCAAAAAAUGCUGUACAUUGGAUCAGGGAAAAGCUGUCAUUACUUUUCUUGAUGCAAUAUUGGAUAAGACACUACGUAGUACAGUUGCUUUGCUUGCUGCUCGUGGACGGGGAAAAUCUGCUGCGCUUGGUUUAGCAGUUGCUGGAGCUAUUGCAGCAGGGUAUUCAAAUAUUUUCAUAACUGCACCUAGCCCUGAAAACUUAAAAACUUUAUUUGACUUCAUCUGCAAGGGUUUUGAUUCUCUCGAGUACAAGGAGCAUAUUGAUUAUGAUGUCGUGAAAAGUACAAAUCCUGAAUUCAAGAAAGCCACUAUUCGAAUCAAUAUCUACAAACAGCACAGGCAAACAAUUCAGUACAUACAGCCACAUGAACAUGAGAAACUCUCGCAAGUGGAACUAUUAGUUAUUGAUGAAGCUGCUGCCAUUCCAUUGCCGGUUGUGAAGUCCCUGUUGGGACCAUACCUGGUCUUCCUUUCAUCUACUGUGAAUGGCUAUGAAGGUACUGGUCGGUCUUUGUCACUAAAGCUUGUGCAGCAACUACAAGAACAAAGCCAGAUUGCUGCAAAGAACGUUGAGGGCUCUCAUUCUGGUCGUCUUUUCAAAAAGAUAGAACUCUCCGAGUCUAUCAGAUAUGCUUUUGGUGAUCCAAUUGAAUCCUGGCUUAAUGCUUUACUUUGCUUGGAUGUUGCAAAUUCAAUACCUAAUAUCGGCAGAUUACCUCCACCCAAUGAUUGUGAUCUCUAUUAUGUUAACCGGGACACACUUUUCUCCUACCACAAAGAUAGUGAGCUGUUUUUACAGCGAAUGAUGGCAUUAUAUGUAUCAUCUCACUACAAAAACUCUCCUAAUGAUUUACAACUAAUGGCCGAUGCUCCUGCACAUCAUUUGUUUGUGUUACUUGGCCCUGUUGAUGAGUCAAAAAAUCAACUGCCUGACAUCUUAUGUGUCAUCCAGGUUGCCCUUGAAGGCCAGAUUUCUCGUAAAUCUGCCAUCACAAGCUUAGGGGAUGGCCAUCAACCAUCUGGAGAUCAAAUUCCAUGGAAAUUCUCCGAGCAAUUCCGUGAUGCAGUUUUCCCCAGUCUCUCAGGUGCUCGGAUUGUACGCAUUGCCACCCAUCCAAAUGCUAUGAAGCUUGGAUACGGUUCUGCUGCUGUGGAACUAUUAACAAGGUACUAUGAAGGACAGUUGACACCUAUUUCUGAAGCAGAAUUUCAGAACAAUAUGGAGAAUGAACCAGUUAGAGUUACAGAAGCUGCAGAGAAGGUUUCACUGCAAGAGGAAUGUAUAAAACCAAGGGCCGACCUUCCUCCUUUGCUAGUGCAUCUUCGUGAACGGCAACCUGAGAGGCUCCACUAUCUUGGUGUUUCUUUUGGGCUCACUUUGGACCUUUUUCGUUUUUGGACGAAGCAUAAAUUUGCUCCAUUUUACAUUGGUCAAAUUGCUAGUGCUGUAACUGGUGAGCAUACAUGUAUGGUCCUCAAACCAUUGAGUAAUGAUGAUAUUGAAGUGAGUGGAUCAGACGAAUGGGGCUUCUUUAGUCCAUUUUACCAAGAUUUUAGGAGAAUAUUUUCUGGGUUACUGGCAUUUGAACUUAGGUCAAUGGAAUAUAAGCUUGCUAUGAGUGUCCUGGCUCCAAAGAUCAACUUUGCGGAUACAGAGAUUGAGACUACAUUAUCCACGCAGGAAGAAUUGAGGAGGUCACUUGCUUUUGAAUUCACAGCAUAUGAUAUGGAACGGCUGAGAGCUUAUUCUGAAAAUCUAACUGGUUUUCAUUUGAUGCUACACAAUGUUCCAGCCCUUGCUCGUCUAUAUUUUCGAGAGAAGAUUCCUGUUACCCUGACACAUAUUCAAGCUUCUGUUUUGUUCUGCAUCGGCUUGCAGCAUCAAAACUUCUCUUACCUUGAGGCACAGAUGAAGUUGGAAAGAACUCAGAUUAUGUCACUUUUUAUCAAGGUUAUAAAGAAGCUCUAUAAAUAUAUUCAGAGUGUUGCCUCUAGUGAGAUUCAGUCAACCCUACUUCAAUUGAAAGAGAUCGAGCUGAAACCUCACCACAUAUCUGUGGAGGAUGAUCUGAAUGAAGCAGCGAAGGAAGUUGAGGAUGGCAUGAAAGCCAAGACGGAGGAGAUGCUGGAUCCUGAACUUCUCCAACAGUACGCUAUAAUGGACAAAGAAAAUGAUUUUGAGAAUGCACUAAAGGAUGGUGGUAAAAAGAUAGCCGCAGGUGGGGUCGUUAGCGUGAAAUCCAGUAAAACGAAAGCCGAAAAAUAUGCGAAGCCGGAAAAACACAGCAGUGGGAAAAAGAGAAAAGGUGAUCAUGGCUCCAAGUUUAAAAAGAAAAGCAAAUCUUAGUUUUCCCUCUCCGGAGGGGACUUAGAUGGCCGCAAUUUUUGAUAAUUUUGCUGUACUCCAACUGUUCAUCAUAUGAAAUUUAGGCAUCAAUGGAACUUCACAAUUUUCAUUA